UUCUGCCAGCAGCAACCUUGGGAUUUGCUUGCGAAUGUAGCUAGUUUCGAGACGACAUUUGUUUUCUAGGUGCUAAAUCUGCGCCAGAGCAUUCUCGAGAGAUCAGUUUAUUUUCCGUUGUCCUCCGCCUCUCGCUCUCUUUGCCCGACUCUGCUGUCCCUUUCCCGUAGCGAGCAUGCUGGGCCGACGGCGCAAGCAGCAGCAGCAGCAGCCGAAGCAGCAGCGCGUGCACGAAUCCGGAGCGGCGGAGCGCGAGGCGGAGAUCGAGCGGACUAUAGUGGUGGAUCAUGGAGAUUACUCCUCCUCCUGCGGCUACUGCCGAGGCGCGCGCGGGUCGAGCCACUCCCACGGAAUCACUGCGGACAGCAUGACAGUGCAAGAUUACCAAGACCUUUUAGAUCGUGGCUGGCGUCGCUCGGGCUGCUUCCUCUACAAGCCAGAUAUGCCCCGCACCUGCUGCCCCGCCUACACCAUCAGGCUCGUGGCGAGGCGGUUUCAGCCCAACAAGGAGCAGCGCAAAGUGCUCAAACGCAUGGAGAGGUUUCUCAGUGGGGAAAUCGACCUCCCUGCUCCCAGAGACCGCUCUGCAAACCUUCCCGACCCUUCUUCGAAUCCAGGUUCAGGUCUGGGUUUAGGUUUGGCUUUAGGUUUGGGUUCAGGUUCGGGUGCGAGUGGGCAGCCGCGGGCAGAGCCAGUGAACGGGCAGUCACGAGGGCAGAAGGACGGCCUCCGGGCAGCUUCCAGUGAGGGACGGCUGCAGCCAGCGACGGCGGGACCCCUGGCAGCAGUGCAUGCGCAGGUGGAAGGGGCUUUGAAGCGAGUGCUAGCGCAGUGGCGGGAGAACGGGGCGGUUCCUUCAGGCAUGCUGCUGCCUGCGGUGACUCUUCGACCCGUCCCAGCUAACGUCAGGCCUGGAAAGAUUGAUGCGGAAAGUAGUGGUCGGGGGGAUGGAGGAGACGCAGGAGGGGCAAGAGGGGCAAGAGGGGCAAGAGGGAGCGAACAGAGAGGCGCUUCUGCUGCUCCUCUGCCAGUGCUGACGUCAAACGUUGCGUUUCUUCUCUUCUCUGGAUACAAGAAGCUACAGCAGCAGCAGAAGAAGCCGCAGAAUCAGGGGGAGAUGACCCCGCAGCUAUCAGACGGGCGGCACCCAGAGCAUGCAGUGCUUCUAAGCUCCAGUGCGCAGGAUAUAGCAGUGGCGUUGGUGCAGGAGGUUGAAGCGGGAUUGCAGAGUGGCGAGCUGCCUGAGGGAGUGAGCGUGAGGGCUGUGAACGGGCAUGUGAAUGUGCUGGCGCCUGCUGCUCUGCUGCGAGGCGAGGAGUCCACGGGCAGACGCAUAGCCACAGGCAAUGCUGGUUUGCCUGGUGGUGGGAGUAGAGGCGUGCAGCAACAACAUCACCAGCAGCACCAGCAGGACCAGCAGCAACAACAACCACAGCAGCAGCAGCAGCAGCAGCAGCAGCAGCAGCAGCAGCAGCAGCAGCAGCAGCAGCAGCAGCAGCAGCAGCAGCAGCAGCGCACGCCACGAGUGCUGGAGAUAAUAACCCACCGCUCUGCAUUCACCCAGGAGGAGUUUGACCUGUACCGCAAGUACCAGAUCAAUGUGCACGGUGAUGCACCCAGCACCGUCACCAGACGAGCCUAUGAGAAUUUCCUCGUCAACACUCCCCUCAUACACGUCCCUCCACCUGCGCCUCCCCCAGUUGCGCCUCCCCCAGCUGCCCCAUCCCCAGUUGCGCCUCCCCCUGAAGCACAAGCACCGCUGCCCUCCUGCGGCUACGGCUCCUUCCACCAGCAGUACCGCAUAGACGGGCGCUUAGUGGCCGUGGGCGUGGUGGACGUGCUGCCGCGCUGCCUCUCAUCUAAGUAUCUCUUUUGGGACCCCGACUUUGCGUUUCUGUCUCUGGGGAAGUUCUCUGCGCUUAAGGAGAUCGAGUGGGUGCAGCGGGAGCAGCAGCGGCGGCCUGAGCUGUUACUGGAUUCGUACUACAUGGGGUAUUACAUCCAUUCUUGUCCGAAAAUGACAUAUAAGGCAGCAUAUGCACCGUCGGAUCUGCUCUGUCCUCUGCGCUACCUGUGGGUUCCCUUCUCUCUUGCACGCCCUCUCCUGGACCACUCCCCCUACGCUGUACUCUCCUCUGCUCUGCCCAAACACCCUCAACACCCACAACACCCUCAUGCACCAGAGAACCUUUUUCCUACAGUAGCCGCCUCCCUCCAUCAGCCACCCUCCUCCAAUGCUCACGCAGCAUCGAGUGAGGGAGUGGAAGGGAGGAGUGCAGGGGGGCCAGGAGAGGACGGAGCAAGGGACGUGGUGGGGGGCUAUAGAGGGGCGGGGGUGGGAGAGACAGAAGCGGAGAUUGAAGUGCAGCGGGAGCUGCAGGCUGCAGCUGAGAGAGGGGAGGGUGGAGGAGUAGAGGGGCUGGACGAGGCGAGUAGCAGAGGGCCUACUAACGAGUAUGGAGUGCAGGGACGGGUGGGAAGGGCUCUGGAAGGCAGGGAAGGGCGGCAGGGAAUGGAAGAGGGGAUGGAGGUUGAGAAGGGGAGGGAAGGGGAGAGAUGGGGGGAGGAGUUGAGUGCGGGGGAGCGGGAGGAGAGGGGGAGGGAGGUGGCAUCAGCGGUGCUGGCCAUGCCGCUGCUCAUCAAUGGGUCCAUGAUGAUCAGUUUCGCUCAACUGUUGGAGACCGGUUGGCUCUCCUCUGCUUCCACCCGGUCCAUCACAGCAGCCCUCAAAACCUUCUGUGAAGCUGCGGGGCCUCAGGUGGCUAGGCGUGCGCUCUACACUGUCAGAUAGCUGCAAUGUAGCUUAGUGUUUACGGCUGCUCAGGGCGGUUGGUGAUGCUUCUGGUAAUGGUUGGGCUGUUUGCAUUCUUUUACAGCAUGCUAUGAUUACCAAAGCGACAAUACCAUGUAUGUUACGCUAAAACCAUUUGGUUAUGAUGGUUACAGGGUUCAUGGAUUUUAAUCCCAGCCUAUCAAUGCUAAGAAAUGG